ACGGAGAUCGCGCUCCUAGUCAGUGGAGAAUCACACACAGCGCAAGAACUAAUGGUGGGAUCGGGUCGGAGCAAGCUGUCGUUGAUCUGUGUACAAAAUCUCUCGGCGCUCAAUUUGCAACGCGAACACUCAACCGGCAAGGAUUAAAACGUGAUAAAACAUAUGUGUAUGAACGGGGGACACGAACGCACAGCAUGGUUCGGGAAACCAGACACCUAUGGGUGGGGAAUUUACCCGAAAAUGUACGAGAGGAGAAAAUUAUCGAACAUUUCAAACGAUAUGGACGGGUGGAGAGCGUCAAGGUCCUCCCGAAGCGCGGGUCGGAGGGCGGGGUGGCCGCCUUCGUGGAUUUCGUGGACAUUAAAAGUGCCCAGAAGGCUCACAAUUCCAUCAACAAAAUGGGGGACAGGGACCUGCGCACUGAUUACAAUGAGCCGGGCACGAUCCCCAGCGCCGCCCGGGGCCUGGACGAUACCCUGUCCUUAGGCUCCCGCGGGCGGGACGUUUCGGGGUUCACCAGGGGGGCGGGGGGCCCGGUGUACGUGCCCCCCGCUUCGCUGCACAGCAGAGAUGGACGCUAUGAACGCAGGCUGGACGGGGCGGCCGACAGUCGGGAGCGCGCCUACGAUCACAGCGCCUAUGGACACCACGAGCGUGGCGGCGGCGGCUUCGACCGGCAGCGACACUACGACACGGACUAUUACCGCGAUCCCCGGGACCGCGCCCUCGGCGGGGCGGGGGGAAGCUCCGGCUCCGGGGGCGGCGGAGGUGGGGGGGGCUCCGCGGGCGUCGGCGGAGGGGGCGGAGGGGCAGGGCCCGGCGGCGGCGGGGCUGGGGGAGGGGGCGGGGCCGGAGGAGGGGGCGGGGCGUCGGCAUCAGUCGGGGUCGGGUAUUAUGGCUCGCGCAGCCGCAGCCCCAGCCGCUUUGAGACGCCGGAGCCGCGGUACGAGCCCCGUGCCCGCGAGCCCUUCACGCUGGCCAGUGUGGUGCACCGCGACCUGUACCGCGAGGAGCGGGGCCGGCGCGCGGACCGGGCCUACCACCACAGCCGCAGCAGGUCCCCGCACUCCUCGCACUCGCGGAACCCCUCGCCGCAGCGGCUCGCCAGCCAGGCCGCCCGACCCGCCCGCUCCCCCAGCGGCUCCGGCUCUCGCAGCCGCUCAUCCAGCUCUGACUCCGUCAGCAGCACCAGCAGCAGCAGCAGCGGCAGCAGUGAUUCCACCAGCAGCUCCAGUGACGAGUCUCCAGCUCGCUCCGUCCAGUCUGCGGCUGUACCCGCCCCCUCUGCCCAGCCCCCCCCGGCCCUCGACAAGGACGAACCCCGCAAAAGUUUCGGCAUCAAGGUCCAGAACCUGCCCGUGCGCUCCACAGACACGAGUUUGAAAGACGGCCUCUUCCACGAGUUUAAGAAGUAUGGGAAGGUGACGUCGGUGCAGAUCCACGGGGCGUCCGAGGAGCGGUACGGCCUGGUGUUCUUCCGCCAGCAGGAAGACCAGGAGAAGGCCCUCAGCGCCUCCAAGGGGAAACUGUUCUUUGGCAUGCAGAUUGAUGUCACCGCCUGGAAUGGCCCAGAGACCGAGAGCGAGAACGAGUUCCGGCCUCUGGACGAGCGGAUAGACGAAUUCCACCCUAAAGCCACGCGGACCCUCUUCAUCGGAAACCUGGAAAAGACCACCAGCUACCACGACCUGCUCAACAUCUUCCAGCGCUUCGGGGAGAUAGUGGACAUCGACAUAAAGAAGGUGAAUGGUGCCCCCCAGUACGCCUUUCUGCAGUACUGCGACAUCGCCAGUGUCUGCAAGGCCAUCAAGAAGAUGGAUGGCGAGUACCUUGGCAACAACAGGCUAAAGCUGGGGUUUGGGAAGAGCAUGCCCACCACAUGCGUGUGGCUGGACGGGCUGGCCUCCAACAUCACGGAGCAGUACCUCACACGUCACUUCUGUCGCUAUGGACACGUGGUCAAGGUUGUGUUUGACAGAUUGAAGGGAAUGGCCCUCAUCCUGUACAACAACAUCGAAUACGCGCAGGCUGCUGUCAAGGAGACCAAAGGCUGGAAAAUCGGAGGCAAUAAAAUCAAGGUUGACUUUGCCAAUCAGGAGAGUCAGAUGGCUUUCUACCGCUCAAUGCAGGCGUCUGGGCAGGACAUCCGAGACUUCUACGAAAUCCUAUCUGAACGAAGAGAUGAGCGCAGGCCGCCAUACCAUGAGUUCUCAGCAGAACGGGCGUACUACGAAAACGUGCGCACGCCAGGCACCUACACGGAAGACCCUCGACGCAAGUACCCUGCCCGAACCCGGGAGUUCUAUGCCGAAUGGGACCCCUAUCAGGGAGACUACUACGACCCGCGUUACUACGACGACCCCCGCGAGUACAGGGACUACCGCGACCCCUACGAGCAGGACAUCCGAAAGUACAGCUACCUGCAGCGGGAGCGUGAGAGGGAGAGGGAGCGCUUCGAGACUGACCGCGAGCGCGACCACGGGCGGCGGACCAUCGAGCGCAGUCAGAGCCCCUCGCACCCGCGCCGCCCUGCCGCCAGCCCCACCGCCUCCCCCUCGCCGUCCGAGCGCCUGCCCAGCGACUCCGAGCGACGCAUCUACAGCCGCUCCUCAGAGCGCAGCGGCAGCUGCAGCUCAAUCUCGCCGCCGCGCUACGAGAAGCCCGACAAGCCGCGGGCCGACCGCUACGGCAAGAACGAGAAGCUGGAGAAGGAGCGGGCGCUGUUCGAGGUGGAGCGCAGCGGUGGGGGCGAGAAGGACAAGCGAGCCGGACGCAAGGAGAAAGCGGACAAAGAGAAAGGUGAGAAGGUGAAGCUGAGGAAGCUGAAGGUGCCGUCUCCCAGCAUCCCCUCGUCUGAGACGGACCCCGAACUGGACCGGGAGGGUAGCCCAGACGCAGGCCCGCGGUUGAAAGGCGGCAAGUUGCCAGCCAAGGAGAAGGACGGCUCUGGGAAAGGGCGCUUGGACCUGCCCCCCUGUGUCGUGCAGCUCACGCGUGUCAAGGAGAAGGAGGGCAAGUUGCUGGAUCAAACUGUCUUAGAGAAGCAGAGGCUUAAAAUUGAGAAUGAUGGUGUGCGGUCCCCGCCGUUACCUCCACCUCCCCCAGCUGACCAGAGAGCACUGCCUUCACGCUUGGAACUUCAGAAAGGAGAACUGCUUAAACAGGGGAAAGUUCCCAAGGAAAAGGGUUUGGCAAGCCAGGUGGAGGUUGUAGACAAGGAAGGGAAAGCUAAACCCAAGAAACACAAAUCCGAGCCUGGGUUUGAUGGCAGCAACUCUUCUGUGGAUGUGGACCGCUUGGCUGCACGAAAAAGGCGUUUUGGAGAUGCUGUCGGGAAGACAGAUCGGCUGAAGAGAGGCAGCCAAGAGGAGGAGGAGGGAAGGCUGGGGCUGAAGAAGAUAGCUGAUGGUGCUGUGCCAAAAGAGACAGACGGUGACAGAAAAGUCCUGCGGAAAGAGGCGCACAAGAGGGAACAUCGCAAGGCCAAACCAGAGAGGCUGGUUACUGUUUGCAGCCCGGCAGAAGGACAGGAGUCGGAGGGGAUUGCUGGAGGGAUGAGCAUGGGGCUCAGCCUGGAUCUACAGGCACGGCUGGGUGAACCCACAGAAGAGGGUACCGACCCCUUGGACUUUCCUGGAAGGAAGAUUGGAGUCUUGGGGUCAAAGCCUCAGGGCCGUCCGAGUCUCACCCGGAUGUUCUCCGAUGAGGGGAGCCUAGACCAGGAUGACAUGAGGGAGCAGGAUCAGCAAAGUCUCAUGGACCUUGGCGAACAGGCCUUAGUGCAGGCGAAAAGCAUCGGGGAGGGCGAGGAGCGGCUCUCCCUGGACAUCGACCACUCCCAGAGCUGCCGCAAACAGAUGGAGCAGAACCGGAGGCUUCGGCAGCAGCUGCAGGAGUCUGACAAAUCUGACAAGCCCGAUAGCCCGCACGGUGCUGACUCAGAGGACUUUGAGCGCCGCAGUCUGGUGCACGAGGUUGGAAAGCCACCUCAGGAUGUCACGGAUGAUUCUCCCCCAAGCAAGCGCAAAAAACUGGAGGCGUUUGAUUUUGAAAUGUGCUCUAAGCGGGAACGUAACUACAGGAGCUCCCGGCAAGUGAGUGACGAUUCUGAAAGAAACGUCACCUCUCUGCCAGGCCUGCGGCACUUCUCCUACCACGAGGAGGAUGGCUCUGCUGACUCGCCCCGCCUCGUGGCUGUGAAAGAACCUAAGGACUCUCCGAAAGCAGAGGAGAAGGUGUACUCGCACCUAGACCUCAUGAAGUACAACUUUGACCUGACAGCCGGCAGGGUUCGGGGCUCGCAUUCGGAGCUGACUAAGCUAAAAGCUCAGUCUCUGGGAUGUGAAGAAGAGCUGCAACAGCGCUGGGAGAGCAGAGUGAAACAGGAUCCGCUCAGGUUGGAUAUGAGCUUCCCCAGUAGCAUCGUGAAACGUGAGGGCAUUCGUAAGCGUCUGGUGCGGGAACUGGAGCCUGGGGAGGUACAGUCAGACUCUGACGAGGAUGGCGAAAACAAACACCACUCCCCCAAGCCCUCGACAUCCCUGUCUUACUUUCUUAGGGAGCGUGAGGAGAGGCUGUCAGACCUCAAGCUAUCAGGCUCCCUGGAGAGGAACAAGUUCUACUCCUUUGCACUGGAUCAAACCAUAACGCCAGACACCAAGGCCCUACUUGAGCGAGCAAAAUCUCUGUCCUCCUCUAGAGAGGAUAACUGGUCCUUCCUGGAUCGUGACUCUCGCUUUGCCAGCUUCCGUAGUAGUAAGGAUAAGGAAAAAGUAGAAUCUGCCCCACGUCCCAUUCCGUCCUGGUACAUGAAAAAGAAGAAGAUCCGCACCGACUCAGAGAGCAAAAUGGACGACAAGAAAGAGGAGCCUAAACCGGAGGAACAGGAGCGACAGGAGCUGUUUGCCUCCCGUUUCCUUCACAGCUCCAUCUUUGAGCAAGACUCGCGGCGCUUGCAGCACCUCGAGCGUAAGGAUCAAGACUCUGAGCUGGGUGUGGGAAGGCUCACUGGGAGACAAGGUUCAGCGGAGGGGCAGCUUGCAGCAGGGGGAGGGGACCUCCUCCAGGAACCUAUGGUGCUCUUUCACAGCCGUUUCCUGGAGCUGCAGCAGAAAGAGAAGGACCAGCGGCCACGGGAGCCAGAGAGAGGGAACAGUGUUGACUCGAACGAGAAAGAGAAACUGCAGGACGGGGAGCAAGAGCAGCAGCCGGUGGGAAAAGCACCAGAGCCCAUACUGGAAGCAGAGAUUAAACCUGUUAGCCCUGCUCCUUUACCCCCAACGUCACUGCCUCCCCCAGUUCCCCGAGAGAUGUCACCCCCACAGGAAAAGCCAGCCAUCCCAAGUCCGCCCCCAGAACUUCCUAUCAAACAGUUAAAAGAUGAAAAGAUGGAAGCUGCCCCUGAGGUGGCUCCGCCUCCAUCAGUGCCUCAAGUGGAGAUCAAACCACCUGCGACUGUCAGUGUCACGCCCCCUGAGCCUGUUUCUGAGGAGGCAGAAAUUAAAGUGGAGCCUAAGGAGGAGCCGUGUGAACUCAGGCUUCCUGUGGAAAAGGCACUGACUACAGACAACUCCCUCCUUGAUGUCAAACCCCCCACUCCAGGGGCCUCACUGAGCAGUUUAGAGCCAGAGUCAGAUGCUCCUGAAUUUCCUAACUGUACCUCCCCUAAGCCUGAGGGGAAUAUGGAGAUGAUGAAAGAAGAGGAGGCUCCACCUGAAAUAUCGGAACCCCAGGACGGUGCAGGGUCCCUUAAACCGGAAGAACCUGAAGAGAUACCAAUGAUGGUGUCUGACACAGAGGUGGAGCCUGUGCUGCCAGCCCGAAAACAGCCGAAGAGCAAAAGGGCAAAGCCACCACCAGCAGCACCGCUGCACCCUCCAGCCCAAGCGGCUGGCACUGAGAAGCCAGCCACUCGUAAGAGCGAGAGAAUUGACAGGGAGAAGCUGAAACGGGUAUCAUCUCCAAGGGGAGAGGCGUCUAAGGCAGCCUCAGAUGGCAAGACCACAGCGAAGUCACCUGUCCAUGCUGCGGACUCUGAGCCGAGCUCUGAGCCCAGUUUGCCCCUCGGCAGGACACGGCGCCGAAAUGUACGGUCUGUCUACGCCACGCCGGUAGAGGAUGAAACCCCCCAGCAGGCAGGGAAGGAGGUGGCGGAGUCUCCCCGUGCAAUGCGAAAACGUGGUGGCGACAAAGAGCAGGCGCAGCAGCCACAGCAGGAAACCUCAGCUGCACCGACCACCCCGAGGCGAGGGCGCCCUCCCAAGACACGGCGACGAUGGGAAGACGUGUCGCCGGUGAAAGGGGAGCCUCCUAAAACAACUGAGGGAGAAGAGACGGACAGCAAAGAGCAAGGAAGCAGUGGGGAGAGCACCAAAGUAGCUGAAGGAUGGCGCUCGCCCCGCACACAGAAAACGCAACAGAAUCAAGGGUCCCCACCUGCUGGGGCUGGACAGGGCAGGAAGGCAGGCAAAGCGGAGAAGGUGGCUGAGAGCACAGCUCCUCAGACUGAGCGUGCAGGUGGUGAUGUCGCUGCCUCCCCAGAAUCCACACCCAAAUUGAAGGAGGAGUCCUUAGAGCAAGGUGGAAAACCUGUUGAGGAUGACACUAAGCAGCAAAUGACUGCACAGAGAGGAGAGAAAGACAAAGAAAUGACAGAUCAGGCAGACAGGAAAUCCAUUGAAGAGAAAGCUGUUGAGAAAUCAGAGCCUCCACUUGUGGAAAAGCGUCCACCAUCAGAGAAGAGCGGGAAGGCCAAAGCAGCAAGAUUGACACGCAACACCAAGAUGGUGACAGAAGAUAAGUCUUUGAGUCUGAAGAAUCUGGAGAUCCGUCUGAGCGUAGAUGAUGUGAAGGGUGUGCUGCGCUCGGGAGAGGACGAGCCGGAGUCUUUUGAGGCAUCUCCAAAAAAGGCCAAGCCAGGGGUGUCUGUCAAAGAAGACAUACUCAACCCUUGUUUUCUUAAAGAGGCUCCAGAACUCAGCCCAGAUGAGAAAGACGAGGCACUGUCAGACUCUGAGCCCCCUACUGACCCAGCUGCGGCUCUCCUGGCUCGUCAGAUGGAGCUGGAGCAGGCGGUGGAAAACAUUGCCAAGCUGACAGAAGUUCCCCCCUUGACACCGUAUAAAGAACCUCCUCCCGAGCCACCUGCUCUUCUGCUGCCUGCCCCAGUGGAACCAGAGCCUGAGAUUGAGGAAGAAAAGCCGGCUAAUCCCGCCAGUGAGACCGAACUCGCUGCUGCCAUUGACUCCAUCACCGCUGAAGACAUUUCUGCCGAUGCGGACGGAUUUACGGCUCCCCCCACCUACACUGCCCUCAUCCCCACCUCGGAACCGCUGGUGCUUCCCCCUGCCAGCGAGGCCUUGGAGCCGGAGACUCACAUGGCCAUCACAAACAUCAUGGACUCAGAACCAGAGAUGGGAGGCAUGAUGGGAGAUUCUAAGACUGCUGAAUCGGCUACCACUGAAACAUCAAGAGGCGCCUCACAAGAGGAGCCUCCUGCACCAGAGACGCCCAGGAAAGGAGGUAAAGUUAGACCCAAAGCUCAGAAGAAGUCCAGGAGUCGUAAGGCCAGUGCUAGCAGGAAGGGGGAGGCUGUAGAGGAAAGUGUCUCAGAGCCUGAGCCGACCCCGGUGAAGCUGCCAGACUCCAUCCCUGAGGACACUCAGGCUGUUAACCCUAAAGCGGGAGCCACCUCAGCUGCAACUGCAGUUGUUACGACUGCUGCUUCCUGCAAGCAGGAAGUCGGACGGGCAGCAGCUGUGGACACCCCCAAGGAAGCGGAACAGCCUGCAGUGGAACAGCCUGAACCCCAAGAGUCUGCCUUUCACUCAGGCAAUAAAAGCCCCUCUCACUUUAAGCUGCAGCAUCCGCCCGCAGAACCAGCAGGUCUUGCCCUCACACCAUCUCCGACUCGACUGAAUUUCCCAGCCUCCCGUCCUGCCAAGCUUCCUGUCUCUCCAUCAGACUGGCAUAACAGGUCUGAGGACACUGGAGUCCUUCCUACCCCACAAACUCAAGCCACUGCGGCUGCUUCCUCUGUGCCAGCAGCAACCGUAGUAGGGGCUCCCUCAGGGAACCCCCCUUUACCCCCAGACACCAAGGCCUCUGACAUCGACCCGAGCUCAAGCACCCUCCGAAAGAUCCUCAUGGAACCCAAGUAUGUAUCGGCCUCAGGUGGUAGCUCUGUCCCCAGCACGCUGCUGACAACCUCUUUAGGUGACACACGUAUGUCAGAGAAGGAGAACUCGUCUGAUUUGGUGUCUGUCAAGCCCUCUCCACCUGAAGACAGACCCUCACCUGUGACUCCCCAACCCCCGCUCCAGCAGCCGCCUCCACCUCCCCCUCCCGAGACGCAGCAGCCGUUUGGCGAGAAGAUGGUGAAUUCGGUGAUUUCCUCCACAGCCACCUCUGUGAUCAGCUGCAUCCACAUGCCCUUUGACUCGGAGGAGACCCCACGCAUCACUUUGGGCAACCGCACCGCGGGCAUACCUUUGCCCAAGCAGAAGUAUCGGUCCGGCGUGAACGAGAAUAACAGGUACCAUGGGCUUGUGGCGGCGGAGGAGGGGAGCAGUGGUGGACGUCCUCUGGCGGAAGGCACGACUUACAGCACGGGCCCGGGGCUGAGGGUCAACACCUCAGAGGGUGUGGUGGUGCUGAGUUAUUCGGGACAGAAGACAGAGGGACCCCAGAGGAUCAGUGCCAAAAUCAGUCAGAUUCCCCCAGCUAGCGCGGUUGACAUUGAAUUCCAGCAGUCUGUGUCCAAGUCUCAGAUCAAGCAGGAGCCGAUCACUCCCUCCCAGCCUCCCACUCCUAAGGGUUCCCAAACACCCACGGGCUACGGGCACACUGGGGGAGUUUUGGCUGGCCAGCCUUACAACACGCAGCCGGUUAUCUCCUCUAUCAAGCAGGAGAGUCCUGGUUCUGACAAAUCGGAAUCGCCAUACCACUCCGGGCCUCAGGGGGGAGCUGUGAAGAUCCUCCAGCAAUCUGUUGGAAGCCCACAAGUUCUGAUCUACAACCAAGCCAUGAUGCAGUCGCAUGUAAAGAAGGGGGCAGGACCUGAGGCUAUGCCUUUGAAAGUAGAUUCGGGCAAGUCAGCCCAGCCCUCUAAUUUGAGCCCUGUCAUGAGCCCCCACCACCCUUCUCUGGCUGGCAACCACAUGGGCUCCAGCCCUGGCACGCCCACUGAAAGAGCGGUCCCGCAUCUGAAGCAAGAACCGCACUCUCCACGGACGUCAGGCCACUCACCCUCUCCGUUCACGAAGGUCUGCCCACCCAGCAGCUCCGUCUCCCCCAUUGGCACUUCCGUAGUCCUGGGUCCUGGCAUGUCGCCCAUGUCCCAGUUUGUCCCCAGUGUUCACCACCCGGAGCAGUCUGUUAUCAUGCCCCCUCACAGCGUCACCCAGUCAGUCCCGAUCGGACACCUCCCCCAGGGAGAGGUCAGGAUGAACACACCUCCGUUGUCCAGCAUGGGCUACGGCAUGCGCACCGAGUCCUUAUCCUCCCCCCGCCCUCAUCAGCAGCGGUCCACCACGCCCCAGCCGGCCGGCAUCCGGGACAUGGUCCUGCAGUCUCACGCGGGCUCCUCCGGGGCGGGCGGGGCCGGUUGCGCCGGAGAGGACGACGUCCGACACUUCCACCAGGGCCUGCGCAGACCGUCUGCCCCCCAGCUGCAGCCGGACGUCAUGGUGAUGCAGACGGACUACCGCGGGCUCCCCCACGGUGGCUUGCGCCUGGACCAGUACGGCCUGCCGUCCCGGGACGUGCGUAUCCUCAUGCAUCACCAGCUAGGGGAGCACCCCAACUCGGAGGCGCGCCAGGCCCGCACCCCGGAGGCCGUCUCCUCCUCUGCCUCCUCCACUAGCAUCUCCUCUUCCUCCUCCUCCUCCAAAACCCCGCCGGUUGGGAAAGGGGUGCCGCAGACGGGGAAGGACGCGCCGAAAGGACUGGAGGUAAAGAUGCCCCCCUCCCCUCACGCUGAGAGCAGGAUCAUGGGAGUUCACCCGUCUGUGCCGGUCAUGGUGCCUCCUCAGGGGGUCCAGCUCAUGCACUCGGGGACUGCCGGCUCCUUCCCAGAAUACUCGGCUGUGUACCGGGACAUGCGGGGUUUCCACUCCCAGUUCUCUCCAGGUCACUCCUCCCUGGGGAUCAACCUGCCGGCCCGCAGCCUUACACCAUCCCAGGGUCCUCAGGAUGGGGAGCAUGGCCACCGGAGCAAGACCCCGCAGGUGCCCUCAUCAGGGGCCGCGGGAGGCGGGGCUGAACCCAAGGCGGAGAGCUCCCACCUCCGUCACACGGUCGCCAUGGAGCAUUCCCAUAUGCCCCGGGUGCAGGGGGAGGCAGGCUCACCCUCCUACGCCUCCCCAGUCGCCAUCUCCCACAAGCUGGAUCUGGCCCCCACCUUGCAGAAGGCCUCUCAGUCCUUCCUGUCCACCCCCCUGCCGCCACCCUCCUCCGGCGCCUCCCAGAUGCGGUGUGACGGCAAAAUGGAACACACGGGACACCGCUCCGUGGACAUGGUGCAGCUCCUAACGAAAUAUCCCAUCGUGUGGCAGGGCCUCCUGGCGUUGAAGAACGACACAGCGGCCGUCCAGCUACACUUUGUCUCCGGCAACAACGUCCUGGCCCACCGUUCCCUGCCCCCGCCAGAGGGGGGCCCCCUGCUCCGAAUCGCACAGAGAAUGAGGCUGGAGGCUUCACAGCUGGAGGGCGUGGCUCGCAGAAUGACCGUGGAGAGUGACUACUGCCUCCUUCUGGCGCUGCCGUGCGGUCGCGAUCAGGAGGACGUCCUGAACCAGACGCACGCCCUGAAGGGCGGCUUCAUCACCUACUUACAGGCCAAGCAGGCAGCUGGCAUCAUCAACGUGCCCAACCCCGGCUCCAACCAGCCGGCUUACGUGUUGCAAAUCUUCCCGCCCUGCGAGUUUUCGGAGAGCCACUUGUCCCGGCUCGCCCCUGACCUCCUCAACAGCAUCUCCAGCAUCUCCCCCCACCUCAUGAUUGUCAUUGCCUCUGUGUGAGGCCCCUUACCAGGACCUCUUCUGUUUACACCCGCGGGGGAACACCCGGAAAACCCGGCUCCUGGAUUCCAGCGGCUCCUGAACUGGAAUAAGGAAAGUCUGGGUCAACAGCUGGAUGGGCUCUCUGUUUCUUAACACCUUCUGUUCAUUUCCAACUUCCCGCCUGUACCUCCAUCUCCCUCCUCCUCCUCAUCAAGAGCGCGUUGGAAGGGUGGACCCGGACAGACGUUUGAUCAAAUGAUCAUUUCCCUUGUGCUUUUCUCUGUUUGAGGGAGAGGAUGUUGCACAUUCCGAUUUUAAGGUAUUCGCGAAGCAGUCGGAGGCAGCUUGUUGAACAACAACAAAACCGAGGACGGUUCAGUGGGUGGAAUUUUUUUUGUUUUUAUUCAGAUGAUGAUUGUGAUUUCUUCUUAUUUUUUUUAAAUUACAAAGUGAAUCAGCUCAGUCAUUGCACUAUGUUGGAGAAAUCGAAAAAAGAGGACCUGGACCAUGUACAGAAAAAAUGGACCAGCUUUGCUUGUACAAGAGACAAAAAAACUGCUCUGGAAAAAAAAACAAACAUUGGGAUUAAGGGGAGAAAAUUGUGGGAGAUCAUGUCAGCCCAACCAGUCUUUACUCCUACUACUGUUCUCCUACCAUUCAACUAUUAAUCUACUACAACUUUACUAGAGAUGGCUCUGAUUCCUCACUGUCCCCACCCCAGGAACACAGGAAGGGCCUUUUGGAGUUGUACAGUUUACACUUUAUGCCUCAACAGGGGACAGUAUACAUACUUUUUUUUUCUUUUUUUUCUUCUUUAAGGUUAAAGGUAUGAGGGGGAGUAUGCAGAACUGUGUAAAUAUUAUAAAUAUUUAAAGACUUGGGCAACAAUGCCGGGAGUCCAGGUGGAUACCUUUUCAAAAAGACAAACUCACCAUCAUCAGCUGUGGAAGUAAAUGAUGGAGGAGAAACCAGCGAGGCUCUCAGCAGUGACCUUCACAGUUGUUUGUUUUGUUUUUAAAAUUUGUGCCAAAAUGUCUUUUCAGCUGGGGAAUAAAAAAAACAGUACAGACUAGAAACUAAAUGGAAUUUAAAAGAAAAUUCAGAUCUUAUUUUCAUACUUGACUUUGUAUUUGUCGCUCAUUCGUAAUUGAUUCUGUUUUGACUUCUGCCUCGUUUUUACAGGGUUUCACCUCCUGUCCAUCAGUCUCCAUCCGCGUGCAUUUUCUUUUCAUUGUAAGGAAGUGCUGCAAAGCGCCAGUCUGUACAGUUUUAUUUCACUGAUGCUUUUCUCCAAACUGGUAAAUAUUUUCACUCUCCACGUUGCCUACUUUGGCCUGGGUUUUUUUUUUUUUUUUUUUUUUUGGUUAACAUGCAACUGAAAUUGAUUUGUAGGAACCCACCCCCCUCCCCUCCCCCAAAAAAAAUUUGAAAGAAGAGGAGUUACCCAGCAACAGCUUUACUGUUCUGUACUGGGAGAGAAGCUUGUAGACUUUAAAUGUUAAAGAAAACGGGGAGAAAGAAACACAGGUUUGGACCUGUGAAGCUGAGCCAUGAUAUUGGAUGUAUGAACACCCCCCCCCC